AUGCUCGCUCUAAUUCCUCUUCUCUGCGUUGUGCCGGUUAUACUGGGGGUGUCCCUCCAGGAUAACUAUGGGUACGAUCAAUUUCACUUCGAGUUCGAGGAUCUCGAUCAGGAACCCCUUGGAACCGCUCCAACGCCUGUGCAACGUGCAGAGUCAUUGGGAUACUUCGCCGAGACUCACGAGGUUGUCACCGAGGAUGGCUACAUUCUGCAGAUGCACAGGAUCAUGGGAUCCCGUAAGAGCCCUCGAGCAGACAACAAACCAGCUGUGUUGGUGGUCCAUGGUCUGUUGGACUGCUCCGCUGGCUGGGUGGUGGCAAUCCCAGAGAAGAGUUUGGGCUACAUACUGGCCGACUGGGGCUACGAUGUCUGGCUGGCCAGCAUACGUGGCACCAGGUAUUCGAGGAACCACAAGUGGCUGACCACCAAGGAUUCACGCUACUGGAUGUUCAGCUGGCACGAGAUCGGGUUUUACGAUCUUCCAGCGAUGAUCGACGGGAUUCUGAACGUUACCAAACAGAAGAAAAUUCUGUAUAUCGGCUUCAGUCAAGGUGGCACCUCGUUCUUGGUGAUGGCCAGCGAACGGCCGGAGUAUCAAGAGAAACUUGAGGCGGCCUUUCCGUUGGCACCGGCAUCGUUCAUGUCCCAUACGACGAACCCUUUCAUACAACUUUUGGCGCCCCAUGCUAAUAACCUUAACGAACUCGCCUCGUUGAUCGGCAUGCACGAGUUUCAGCCAUCAGGCAAAUUAUUGCAGACUAUAGCCGGUAAGAUGUGCAGCGAUCCAAUUAUAGGUAAACUGUGCUCUAGCUUGUUAAUCCUCAUUGCUGGUAAAAAUGACAAGCAGUUGAACACGACACUCAUACCGGAAAUCCUGCAGUACAGUCCUGCUGGCGCGGGUACACGACAGUUUGUACAUUAUGCGCAACUGAUAAACUCCGGAAACUUCGCACAGUACGAUCAUGGACUUAUCGGUAAUAUGAAACAAUACGGUCACAUACGUCCUCCAAAGUAUAAUCUUGACAGAAUCAAGAUGCCCGUUUACAUAUUCUACGGCAGCAACGACGAAUUUGUCAGCGUUAAGGACAUAAACAAGUUGUACAACAUGAUGCCGAACGCUGAGAGAUUCCUGGUUCCGUAUAAAUGGUUCACGCACCUGGACUUCAUGUGGGCAAAGAAUGUCGAUACCAUGUUGUACAAUAGGCUUGUGAGUCUUAUGGAGAGGCACAGGAAGAAUCUUCUGACGUCCAACUGAAACACCUGUACGCGAUUUUCGUGAAACGAAAUAUGAUAUUGU